ACCUCAUCUUUUUAUUAAACUACAGGAAAAGUUAGCCACAGUAUGUCAAAUUUUGAAAACACACUGAACAAUAUCUACAUUUAAAAUCGCGUUCCACAUGAUUUGUUGUUUUCCUGAAAGUUGAACUGUCAAUUGCUGAAAGCCAUAAAUGAUAUAGACUCCAAGUCUUCCGCUGACAGUAUUACAGUAUAUGAUUGCAAUGUGGGAUGGAUUAAGAGGAACGUUUGUCUGCUGUAAACUGCUGUCGGGGGAUAGUCAUUCGUGCAACACAAUAUGGUGAUGUAACGGGAGUGGAUGCUAUGUUAUACAUCGAACAUAACAUUAAAAUUUUAAAUUAAUCUUGCACUAUUUAAAGAUCAUCUGUGUAAUUAAUAUGCAUGACCUAAAGAAAAAGUCCAAGACGACGCUAGACUUAAUCACGGUACCUUGAAUGAAGCUGUCGUUAAGCUGUACCAUGAUAAUAAGGAGGCGUCGAAUAUAGACAGUCCCUUCUAAGAAAUGAAAACUCUGAAACUGCUUUGGGUUGGAGUGGGGGUCACUACUGCUUUUGCCGUCCUGGUAUGCUACAAUCACGUGACGAAACAUAUUCAGGCUCCCGCUGUUUCUGACAUUGGCCUGCAUGGGUACGUUAGUAUCUCCACAGGGCAGUACCUUGACAUCCACUGUAAACGAUGUGCUCUGGUGUCGAGUUCUGGUCGGAUGCAGAACUCGAGGCACGGGGGAGACAUCGACCGGGCGGACUGUGUGAUCCGUAUGAACAACGCCCCCACCCUGGGCUACGAGGCAGACGUGGGACACAAGACCACCCUUCGCGUGGUGUCCCACACUAGCGUGCCACUGCUGCUCAAGAAUGACACCUACUAUUUCGGGCGGUCGGCGGACACUGUCUAUGUGUUCUGGGGCCCCGAGGGGAACAUGAGGAUGGAUGGGAAGGGCAGGAUAUUUAAUGCCCUCUUCAGAGUUGCGAAGAAGUACCCCCAGGCCAAGGUGUACACAGUGACCAGGGAGAGGGUUCUUUACUGCGAUAGCGUCUUUCAGAACGAAACAGGAAAAAACAGGUGCUGUUUCCCUCUUGCGCUUUGACCCUUAAGUAAUUAAAAACAUUCUGCAACUGUAAACGGCCUGCAAAAGUCACAGAAAAAUCUCGGCACCUUAAAGGCAUGCAGUUUAAGGUUAAGAAUAAGAAUUCCUAGAGAGAAAAAGCACGUAAAACAGCUAAGGUUUUUGACUAAUUUAAAAGAUCUUUUAGAAAAGGGGUGUAUUGCGGUGUGGUGGCUCUGUGGCUAAGGAUCUACGCCUGUGGCUGGAAGGUUGCCGGUUCGUAUCCU